AACAUGAAGGAAAUUAUUUUAAUUUGGAGAAGAAAUAUUUGCCAUUUUGGUAGAAAUCUAAAAUCUUAUUUGGCAAAGCUGUCAGUGACAUUUUAUGACAUUGAUGGUUGACAUAAAUUGUUUCGUGAUGUAAUCUCACCACAGAAUCCGACAGAAUCUUCUAAUUUAAUAAGUACCUACUUAUCAAUUCAUCUGAUUUGAUUUAUUUGUGAUAUUGUGCGUAAAGGAAUUUUAAUUUACAAGUUAUUACAAAAAUCCUUAAAAACUGCUUCUAUCGAGAACUGUAGUUUUGAUUAUAAGUGAAAAACAACAGUCAUUAUGGAUUAAGAACAUCUGGAUAAACAUGGCUGAUACGCCAGAGGGCGAGGCAGCGUCAUCCAGAAACACUUCUCUAACAAUAACCUUACCCACAGUCCUGUGUACUACUGAGCCAGAAAAUUCGGAUAUUUCCUUAAAAAGCAAUUCUUUUGUGUCUUCUGAAUCUAAAUUGUCUCUUCCAUCAAAUUUAGGUACCCCCACUUCGCCUUAUAAGCUAUCUUCACCACUAUCUUUGCCUGCUUCACCCAGCCCUUUCAAUAAAACCGUCCCACAGACGAUAGUCAAACAAAAUUCAAUAAAUUCUAAAGAAAAUUCUACAAAUACACUUAUUCAACAAGAUGUCACAAAGAAACCUCUUGAAACUGGAUCAGCGACAGGCAAUCCUCGCAACAAAUGUGCCCUCCAACCAGGCCACAGUCUCAUGGACUGGAUCCGACUUGGCAACUCGGGGAAAGAUCUCACCGGCGUCGGAGGAAGAGUGCGACCCGUCUCACCCGCGGAGUUGGCCACACACAAUACACAAAGUGAUGCCUGGUUGGCUAUCCGAGGGCGUGUUUAUAAUAUUACACAUUACUUACCUUAUCAUCCUGGAGGACCAGAGGAACUGAUGCGCGGUGCUGGAAUAGACGCAACUCAGCUUUUCGACAAAGUGCACCCUUGGGUGAACUAUGACUCUCUGCUGGCGAAGUGCCUUGUUGGACCACUUAGGUUCGAUCUCCCUAGUGCUGAGGAACUAUUCGACAAUACGGGUUCUUCGCCGAAAUCCGACCGUCUCCGAGAACCUUCUAAAGCACAAGAAUUAGUGAGAAAGUCAAUGGAAAACUUAGCAAAUUGUAUUACACCUGUUAGAAAGAAAAUAACUUCUAAAAGCGAAGAAAACGUCAAGGGGAGCCCACCGAGUAAAAUUAUGCAAAGCUUGAUCCAGUCAAGUGAUUUGCCUGUUUCGAUAAGCCGGAGAGCUGGGUCCAGUCCGAUUAAAACGGCGGAUAAGCCUGAAGUACCGGCCCUUCGCUAUGAUUGGAUUCAAACGUCGACUAAAUUGACGAUAUCUGUGUACACCGGGCCAUUAGCCAACCCCGGGGGAUGUGCGAGGAUAACUGAAGGGGUCUUGUUAGUUGAAGUGGCUAAUAAUGGUUGGUUGAGGACGCUGAAAUUAAUCCCCGAAGCGAAAUUACAGGAGCCACUACAAUUGAAAGUAUACGCUGAAAGUGGGAAAAUAGAGAUUAUCGCUCAAAAAAUGGAGCCGUGCGUUUGGAAAAGCUGUGGCGAAAUAAGUGUCGGCUCAGCAACACGAGUGUCUUCACCACGGACAUUGGAGUGUAGUGUAGUACACGUGGGACGAGUGGCCCACGACACGACGCUGCUGGCGCUGCAACCACAGUCCGGCUCAGUAGUGGUACCGCUAGGUCACCACAUCCGUGUCCACAAACAAAUAUCAGGUGGCGACUAUGUGCGUUCUUACACUCCUGUCGGCGAAGGCUGGGGUACGCAGAAUAGUAGUGAGAUUGUGACUCCUCUCAAGCUCGCUGUCAAGAAAUACGACGACGGCAUCCUCUCCCCGUAUCUGACGGCACUGAACGUAGGUGAUUCGGUGACGUUGUCUGGACCUUAUGGCAACUUCCAUUUGCAAAAACUGAAGUCUGUGAAGAUUAUUUACCUAAUAGCGGCAGGCACGGGAAUCACUCCUAUGCUAGGUCUACUACGAUUCAUGCUUAUGAGAUCAAAUCCUAGAUGCGACAGAGUCCAUUUGUUAUUUUUUAACAAAACAGAAAGCGACGUCCUAUUUCAAGAAAAUUUUGAAGAUAUUACCAAGGAAGAUAAAAGGUUUACAGUCAAGCAUAUUCUAUCCGAUAGCAGUUCAUCAUGGACGGGUCCCAAAGGUCGUAUCAGCGGUCAACUACUUUCCGAAUUACUACCAAAAGAGACAUUAACAUGCGAGGAACGGUGUUGUCAUUUUGCUUGCAUAUGUGGACCCACGGAGUUCACUCACGCCGGCCUACAAAUAUUGAAAAACCUAGGCAUGAAAGAAAAUUGUAUGCAUGCUUUCAUAGGAUAGGAUUUAUUUACUCUUAUUUAUCUACACAUAUGUAUUUUUUGAUAGCAAAAAUCUCAGAGAUAAUGGAUACCAUUUUUUCAUUCGUUGUAACACCAAAGUUCUGAUAAAAAUUUAAAAUUUACUAUGUUUUAAGUAAAUGUGUCAUUCAAUCUCAAAGUUUUCAAUCCAUAAGUGUAGCUUAAUUCUCCUGGAAUAAUUUCUUUUAAAAAAUACUUCUACAAUUUUUUUUAGUGCCAAUGGAAAAGAUGGCAUGAGCAUUCUUUAGUUGCUCAGCUACGUAGUAUAUUUACGAACAAUUGUUUGCGUUCUUUUCGUCUAAAUCUACGCCUGGAUCUAUGCUUUAUCCUAGCACUUGUUCUGUAUUUGUAGUAAAUCAAUGUUUAAACAGUGAUAGAAUCUUUGCAUAAAGAUGAAUGCUUAUCUGGUGGAAAUUUCAUAAAUAACAUUAUGAUCUUCGUUGUACAUACUUACCUACUUACUCGUCUUUUUUAAUAGAAGCAUAAUUGCUUGCCCAUUGUUUACAUAGAAAGCUCAUUAACAUAUUGUAAACAUGCGAAAAUUUUACUAAUGGUUAUUUGGGAGGUACAGAUAGUCAACUUUGUUGAUAUGCAUCUGAAUUUUGUAUUGAUUUCUGUACAUUCAUGUAGGUAUGUAAUGUGUAAUUCAGAUUUACCAAUACGCUAAAUGCUAUUUCACCUUCUAGCUGUUUAUAUAUUAUACAAUAUGUACAAAACUGAGUAUUAGUUUCAUGAUUUUUAUACGCGAAUAAACUUAUUGUGUUAGCAAUCUACAAUAUCUGUCUGCUAUAAAUCUGUGGUUAUGAAAAUUUAAAUAAGCAAAAUUUUAUUAAUAAAAGUAAUGGUUUGAGGUAAUUUUAACUAAUUUUAAAGUAAAAUUUAAAACGUAAAAUUGAAACGGUUCGGAACCUUAAGGGCUUGAACUAAAUACACAAUGCAUUUAUGUUUUUAAAAAUAUACAUACAUAGGUAAAUUGUUUCUUUAUGACAAUGUGUUAGCAGCAAACGUGAACGAUAAGGGGAAUGAUUUUACUGUACUAUUUUUCUAUACUAAUGGAAAAUGCAAUAAUGUUUAUUAUAUAUUCAAUACAUUGUUAUUUUAAAUAUUCCUGAAGUAACUAUGUAGGCGUAUUAUUCAUAACUGUAUAGAAAGAAUAUGUAUGUUUAGUGUACAUUUGAUUAAAAAUUCCUGUCAAAAAUAGAUUAUAGUCGUAACUAUACUGUAUUGAUGUCCCAAGAGUGAGAUAAAAUUAUGAAUGCUGUGUUAAAUGUACAUUUUCUCUGAUUUCUAACUAGAUGUAUUUAAUAAAAAUAUUUCUUACGUAAUUUAAGGAUUUGGCCAAACAUUAGAAGCACCAAUAAGACAAAGUUAGAAAUUAAAUUUCUAUAAUGUAUGUACUACUUUCAAUUAGAUUUAAAUAAAAGUGUGAUAAAAUAUUUUUAUGAAUACUUAGAUUAUUGUAUAAUAAAAUAUUUUUAUGAUUGUGAUUUGAAAUCAUAAUAAAGACAUUACUGAUCAAAUACUAUUAAGGUUUUGGCAUCUUGAAUACAGAAUUAAAAGAGAAAGUUCAUUCCACCCAUAUAAUACAUAUAUCUAUAUGUUAUAUACAAAAUCAUUUCAUAUAUAUUACACUUGAUUGAGCCCCGGUAUGCAUUAGGAUAAAUGUAUAAUUUAGGUUCACAUUUACGUACAUAUAUAAUAAUAAUACAAAAAUCUAAAUUUUCUUUGAUUUUUUUUUUUUAUAAUUUAAUUAGGUACAUUUAAAACUAUAUGAAAUCCGACUGCAUAGAACUGUAAAACGCUAUCCGCAUCUGUUAGUGCCAGCACAUGUCGAUUGGUGUCCAAAUAAUUAUACUGUUUCAUUUCAUUGAAUUACAUUUCGUAUAAAAUGUAAUUCAAUAAUAUAUUUUACAUUGACACGCUUUGUACAAAUAAUGGAUACUUUUAAAUAUGGUACAUAUAUAUAUAUAGCAAAUUUUAACAGGUUGUGUUAAGAAUAUGCGAUGUCGGAUUUAUAAAAAAAUAAUCAUAAUAUAAUUCGUAUAAAACUGCUAUUUAUACCAGUUAGAAUAUUUUUAUUUACGGCUCUGAUGAUAACGAGAUUGAAGAAAAAAAUAAUAGUAUAUAUUUAUUCUUUUUUAUUUUGUACACUCUAAUCUUCGAAACCGCUUAUUUUAAUGAAAUUUUGUAAAUGUGUAUUGUUUGCUCGAAAUUGAAAAAUAGAAUAAAUUUUGCCUUGAUAUGAAAAAAUAAGUACGGCGUUAGGGUGCAAAACUAUAUUGAUCUAUAUAGUUUAUAUAGAUCACUAGCAAGAAUACGGAUAACAAAUCGAUACGGCACUGGCCAGUGCGGUCUAGUCUUUACUUUUAUAUUCUUCACAUAUUAUGGUUUUGUUACAUAGCAGCAUACAUAUUACGAUAUUAAACAUUGUAAUCCCAAACAGGAAUGUCACAACGGUAUUCCGAUUAAAGCAAUGUUAUUAUUUAUUCAUAUUUCUGUAUAAGGAGCUUAAUAAUUUACUAUAGAUAGAUGUUUACCAUUUCACUGAUAUUCUUUAAACUUAUCUCUAAUAAUACAAUUUUAUUUGAUAGUUCAACGAAACUGAAUGGCAGCGCAUGGGGGGGUAACAUGGGCGAAACAGUAUACUCUGGUAUGUCCAUGGUACUGCUUAUGUCUAUAGGCGACGGUUACCACUUUCCAUUAGGUGGGCCGUCAGCUUGUUUCCCAUUCUAAGUUCUAAAUUCUUCUUUUUCUUUAUUCAUAAAAAAAACUAUAAUGGUAUGGAUAAUCGAGAAUUAAAUGUAACAGUUCUGAUGUAAUUUUACAAAGAAUUUCGUUUUUUGUUCUUAAUCAUUUGGCUGUAAUAUCAAAUUUUAAUUUUAAUUUUAGAAUCGAUUCCAUUGUAUAAUUUUAUAUGACUUUACCCAAAUAUUUCCAAAGUUGUAAGUAUUGUUUUUAAUGUUGAUUAAAACAUAUUUGUGUUUUAAUAUUCAAUUGGAAUUAACCAUGUAUGUACCAGUAGUUUUAAGACACGUUGUUAAUUUAUCCAAAAUUACGUUUGGUUAAAUAAUGAUGUACUUAUUGUUGUAGAAAUGCUAUUUUGAUAUAAUUUCUUUUUUUUUUUGUGAAUUUACCGGACGGCACGGUAUUUUAAAAUACAUAUCAAUCAAAUUUUUUUUCUAUGUGAAUUUAUGAAUUCAUAUUGUGUUUAAUAGAAUUUUAUUUGAUUUUUGAUUAGCUUUUGUUAAAAUAUUUUACAAUAGCAAUUAAAUAUUUAUCAAUAACAUAUUAAAUAACAACAUAUGAUUAAUUAAGUAUAAAUUGUUUUGUUAAUAUGUUUACUUAAUUGUAAAUUGUAUUUCAUGUAAAGUGCCUACAUUCCAGGUGAAAUUUUGUUAUAGCUUUUUGGUGUUGUUGUUUUAUGAAUUUAUAAUAAAUAGGUAAACUCGAA